AUGUCUAUUCCCCUACGAUCCAUUGGCAAAGGUGGCCCUCAGGUACCUGCCGUUGGCCUCGGUCUGAUGAGCAUUGGCGAUAUCUACGGCUCAGCCGGUACCCUUGAAGACAAGAUCGCUAUCUUGGAGCAUGCGCAUGCAACCGGACAACGGUUCUGGGACACCGCCGAUCUCUAUCAGGACAGUGAAGAUGUUGUGGGUGAAUGGGUUCAGCGUUCCGGCAAGCGCGACGACAUCUUUCUUGCCACCAAGUUUGCGUGCCAGCUGGACCGUACCAACUACACGUUGAAGAUCCGCUCUGACCCCGAAUACGUCAAGAGUGCGUGUGCUCAGAGUCUCAAGCGACUCAAGGUGGAUGUCAUUGACUUGUAUUACUGCCACCGCGUUGAUACAGUCACCCCCAUUGAAAAGACCGUCCAAGCGAUGGUUGAAUUGAAAAAUGAGGGAAAGAUCCGUCACAUUGGUCUUUCUGAGGUUUCUGCUGCGACCUUACGCCGCGCAUAUGCAGUUCACCCCAUCGCUGCUCUUCAAAUGGAAUACAGCCCAUUCGCAUUAGACAUCGAAAAGUACGAUGUCUUGCAAACUUGCCGUGAACUCGGCGUGACUGUUGUUGCAUACAGCCCCAUUGGUCGUGGUAUUCUCACAGGCCAGAUUAAAUCGCUUGCGGAUAUUCCUGAGAAUGAUUUCCGACGCCAUUUGCCCAAAUAUGCAGAGGAGCACUUCCCCAAGAUCUUGGAAUUGGUUGAGGGUCUGAAGAAGGUGGCUGAAGUUCAUGGAAGUACGUCGGCGCAAGUUUCGAUCGCCUGGCUGUUGGCACAGGGAUCUGAUAUCAUUCCGAUUCCUGGCACCCGGUCUACCCGACGAAUUGACGAGAACACCAACGCUGCACUUCUUAAAUUGACAGAUGAGGAAGUGCAAGAAAUUCGCAAACUUAUCGAGCGGACAGAAGUACCAGGGCCUCGCUACUCAGAAAUGAUGGCUGCCAGUACCAUGGCUGAUACGCCACCUCUGUGA